AUGCUCCAUGGUGCGGACACUGCAAAGCUUUGGCUCCAGAAUAUGCUAAAGCUGCAGGGGCACUGAAAUCAGAUGGCUCAAACGUCAAACUUGGCAAGGUUGACGCAACUGUUGAAUCUGAACUGGCUGAAAAAUUCCAAGUCAGAGGAUAUCCAACUUUGAAAUUUUUCAAAAAUGGAAACCCAAUUGAGUACUCAGGUGGAAGGCAGUCCGCCGAUAUUGUCAACUGGUUGAAGAAGAAGACUGGCCCACCUGCCAUAGAUCUGUCCGACAAAGAUGCUGCAAGCUCUUUCAGAGAAAAGGAGGAAGUUGUUGUCAUCGGCUUCUUCAAGGAUCAAGAGUCUGAUGAUGCUAAAGAAUUCCUCAAGGUUGCCAGUGCCAUGGAUGAUCUGCCAUUUGGUAUUACUUCUAACAGCGAAGUCUUUGCUGACAACAAAGUGGAGAAAGACGGAAUUGUUCUUUUCAAAAAGUUUGAUGAGGGACGCAACGACUUUGAUGGUGAGGUGAAAGAAGCUGACAUCCGCACAUUCAUCUCAAGCAACAGACUGCCUCUUGUUAUUGAGUUUACCCAGGAGUCUGCCCAGAAGGUGUUUGGCGGAGAAGUUAAGAACCACAUCCUGAUGUUCCUGAAGAAGGAAGGCAGCGAAGAUGUCAUCAAGGGAUAUGGUGAGGCUGCAGCAGAGUUUAAGGGAAAGAUCCUGUUCAUCUACUUGGACACUGACAACGAGGACAACGGUCGCAUCAUGGAGUUCUUUGGCCUGAAAGCCGAGGAGGUGCCUGCUGUCCGUCUCAUCACUCUGGCUGAGGACAUGACCAAGUACAGACCCACUGCUGACGGAGUUGACCCUGCUACCAUCAAACAGUUUGCCCAGGACUUCCUGGAUGGAAAAUUGAAGCCUCAUUUGAUGUCCGAGGAGAUCCCCGAGGACUGGGAUGCCAAGCCUGUCAAGGUUCUGGUCGGCAAGAACUUUAAGGAGGUUGCUCUCAACCAAGACAAAGCUGUAUUUGUGGAAUUUUAUGCCCCAUGGUGCGGACACUGCAAACAGCUGGCUCCAGUGUGGGAUGAGCUUGCAGAGGCUUAUGAAGACAACGACAAAAUCGUUGUUGCUAAGAUGGACUCCACUGCCAAUGAGGUUGAGGAGGUCAAGGUUCAGAGCUUCCCCACUCUGAAAUAUUUCCCUGCUGGCAGUGAUAAGAUCAUUGACUACAAUGGUGAGAGAACUCUGGCUGGAUUUAAGAAAUUCUUGGAUAGUGACGGCAAGGAUGGAGCUGGUGUCGCAGAGGAGGAAGAGGAAGAUGAGGAGGAAGAAGAGGAUGAUGAGGAAGGUGAUGAUGAGGCUCCAAGAGAUGAGUUGUAAGCUAGAAACCGAGAGUCCAAUGGGAAUAGGUUAUUCCAAUUUAUUUGUUCCAUCUGGCCCACUGUGGAUGUUCAGUGUUGUUAUAAAGAACUAAAUCAGAAAUUGCCAAAUUUUGCUAUUUGAAUUGUUGUAUGCACAUAACAAUGAAAAGUCAUGUGUGAAUGUCUUAUUGGCAAAGAUUAUGCCCCUCCCAUUCUUUUAAGAUCUUUGUUGUAAUGUUGUCUUCACAGUGUCAAGACAUGACAUAAUUGUGAAUAAUUUGUUACAUCUUUUUUGUUAGUUCAAAGUCACUGCGUGUCCCAUUCGCCAUACUUUGAGAUCAGGUUUGUGACAUUUGGGAAAAAGUCCUUAGUCUAGAAAUGAAAAAUGGAUGGAUGGUUUGUGUACUUUUUAGAACUGAUUGAGAAAGGAUUUUUUUUUUUUUUCAAAUUGUAUAUGUGGUAAGAGUUGACAUUUAUCUGAAUGACAGGGUGUUCUUGCUGUUUGACUCACAUCGUGAUGUACUCCACAUUUUUUUUCUUUAAUUGCUCAGCUCCUUUUUGACCAGUGGAUGAGCAACUAAUUAAAACCAUCAAUUCUUUUGGCAUUAUGUUGUCCCCCCACCCCUCCCCCUUUCCAUUUUGAACUGGUCGUGUUCCUGUUAUUUAUGUGCAUCGCUGUGCCGCUUUUUUAGUGUUCUUUUUUGUUGACUAUACACUGAGAGGCUAAGUUAUGAAUGUUGAGAAGUCCAGUUUAUGAUCAUAUAUAUAUAUAUAUAUCUAUAUACAAACUCGUAUAUAUGUAAUAUUGGACAAUGUUUAGAAUCUGAAGCAUAUGUUGAGAUAUUGUACGUCUUCCCGCUCUUCUACCUGUUCACAUUUUGAUUGUUCUUGGCCUUCAGUACAUCUGUAGCUGAAAGUUCAUUUGACCCAUUUGUGCUCAAAUGUCCCCCACCAGCUUGUUGAUAUUUUGAACAAAGGAACCAUGCAUAGUUGUAUAUUUGGCAUUGGCAUUCCGACCACAAAGGUCCUUCAAUCAGUUUGUGUGUACGUUGCACAGAUUUUACUACAGGGGGGCCGUAAGUUUUAGUGUCUAGUCUUUUUAAAAUAUUUUGUUGUAGCAAUAAUGAAGCCUCAAGAACAGGUGCUGCCUUUUGAUUUUAUCAAAACUAAAACAUUUAUAUGUGAUGCAUUGUUCAUUUAUAUGUGAUGUAAGGAUGGGUAUCUCAAAUGGAUGAAUGUUGCAUUUUUGUUGGAAUGGUUGCAAAUGAUUGAGUAUUGGCAUAGAUCUAUAUUGUAUGUGUGAUAUUGUGUGCUUUCUGUGACUUCUAUUUGGGGUUGUGGGAUUCUUUAUCUAUCGAAAAUACCCUUUUUUUCUCUCUUUUGACUCUUUGUCCAUGGCUGGACAGCCUUGUGAGUGAACACAAAGCGAAAGAUCCUAUUUGAUGUAAGGGAAAGCUUGCCCAGUUUGUGCAAGGUUUUGACAGAUGUAUGAGCCGGUUAUGACUGACUACAAAAAAAAAAAGGUAAAUAAAAGACAAAAAGUUAUGAA